AUGCUAAAAGAGAAACUGCAAGAAAUAAAGGAUUCAAAUACAAAUUUAUAUUAACACUUGAAUAAUGUAUUGACUAAGAUAUUAUUGGAUAAUCCAAAAGUAUGAAUAUAUGUUAAACUAUAAUUGUAGAAUGCUUUUGAAUUAUUUGAAGAUUAUUCAUUUUAAGUAAAAUCAAGUGGAUUCUCAUUUGAUAAAUAUAAUGAAUUUGAUAAUGCAGAAAGAACAAAGAUUACAAUGGAUUCAGCUGUUUAAUAAAAGACAUUGAAGCUAGUCAAUAAAAUUAAUCUUGGAACUGAUGAAGAACCUUAAGAGGCAACUUAAACUGGAUAUUUACCUAAUUUAUCAGAAGAAGCUUAUUUAUAUGAAUGGGCUGGUAUUGGAAUUGAUGAAAAUUAUAAAAUAUUCAAAGCCUUGACAGUACUUUAUUUAUACAAUAUUUUAGUUAUUAUCUGUUACUAAAUAAGCAUCUAAACUAAGAUUUUGGGGUAAAAUCAUGGGAAGAUAGAAGGAUUAUUAUAUUGCUGAAGGAGUAGCUACUAGUCAAGUUGAAGAUGGGGAAUUACCACCUGAAGUUGAACCUAGAGGAUCUGGAGUUAAUACUAAAUCUUAUUGGGCAUGCACUGAUAUUCUAAAUGAUAAGGAUUGGGUUGAAUUACCAUUGAUUACACCUUAAUAAAUUAAUGUGUCUAGAUAAAUUAAAUAUAUGUUUACAGGUAAUUUAGAAGCUGAUGUCAUAACAAAUCCAUAUUUCUUUGGAAAAGAAAAACAUUUAUUAAAAGCUCAAAUUGUUAGAAUUACAUAAUCAACUGUUAUUAUUCCUAAAGGUUAAUAUAUUCUAAGAGAUGGUGAACCUAGAGAAAUAGAUCCAGCACCUGAAUAUAAAUUACCAGGAUUUCAUGAUUUAAAAACAUUGAAUGAUUGGAUGCAUUUCAAUUAGAAUAUAUUAAGUGUAAUGAUAUUUAUUUUAUAUAUAUUAGUGUGGUAGAUUGGUUCAUUUAAUACCAUCCGAAUUACCAGAAGGUGUAGAACCAGAAGCAUAUUAAAAAUAAAUAGAAGCAGCUGAUCCAUUUGAAAAUAGAUUAAAACAAAUAUCAAAUGAUAAAUUACCAAAUAAUAAGCCAGCUUGGAAAAUUAGAAUUGUUGGAGAUACAACUGAUUAUAAUCCUUUAGCCAAAGACACUAAUAAUAAAGUUAAUAAUGGUGUUAUUAUCAUUAAAUCAUUGGUUUGGCCAGGAUUAGUAACUGUUUAUUCUGUAUUUAUUAUUUAAUCUAUAUAAUAGAACAAAGUAUUGUCACAAUUAUAUUAUGGUUAUGGAUUCAAAGCAACGACCAAUCAUUUCUAUCCAAAAUAACCUUAAUAAGUGUAAACAGAAUAACCAGAUCUUCCUGAAUAGCCAGAACCCAAUUUCCCGGCUGAAGUCCCUUAAUAACAAUAAGAUUGAUCAUUAUUAUUAUU